GUGUGUGUGUGUGUGUCACAGGCUACGGUUCAUUUGGGGAAUCUCAUCUAGGCAUAUUUUAUUUACAUUUUUUAAAUGCAUGAGAACUAAUUUUCUUCAAUUUAAUGGAUUUAAUUACGAAUAUAACUCGAAUUUUAUAAUUAACUCUCCGGUCAUAAUGGGAGGUUAUAUGGGAGGAUAUUAUACUAUUGUUGAAAAUAGGGAUCGAUUUGACAUUCUGGGGAUAUUUUCGCCUUUCAUCAAAGAAAGGUAAGACCAUUCCAUUCCGUUAUCAGAUCCCACUCCAUGUCUUGCUUUCAACUUGCCCUAUCGCUCUCUCUGGCAGCCCCCCUAUAAAGUAUCUAUCUGGAAAUCAAACAAGAACAGAAUACAAAGGGGCGAGGGGCACUCGCUCCAAUACAAUGAUCGCACAAACUGGGAGGCAGCACGACCAUCCAAACAGGGCCAGCAGCAUCAGCAGCGGUUUCCCGCGUUCCCCAGCGACGACCUGUCACCGCUCGUCGUCCACAGCCGCGGAGAACGGCCAGCUGUUCCCCAGCAGCGACUCGUCCAGGAGGAGACGAGACACCCCAACGUCCGCCGCCGCCGCAGCCAGCCUCAUUUCGGAGGGGAGCCGCAGCAGCAGCGCCAGGCCCCUGGUCUCCUCCGCCACCGCCACCUCCUCCAACACCGCUACCUCCACCUCCAUCAUGACAUCGGGGGAAUUCAUGCAGACCGCGCCGCUGUUUGUGCAGAAGUCCAAGCGCGGUGCGCUGUACAAGGCGCUGUGCUUCCUCCUCCUCCUCUUCCAAGGAGGCGUGCUGGACUUCUACCUCAUCGUGUUCACCGACCUGUACUGGUGCUCGUGGAUCGCCACGGACCUCGUGGUCAUCUCGGGCUGGGGGAUCUUCUUCAUCAAGAACGCCCGCAGCAAGCGCGAACGGGCCUGCGGCUUCCACCAGAAGAACUCCAUCUUCGGCUGCAACCUGGGCGAGUUCACGUACGCCUACCUGGCGUGGCUCAUCUACGUGAUCGCGUGCACCCCCAAGGUGGUGCUCGUGCUGGAGACGUCGAUCCUGGACCUCGUUGCGCUCAAGGUGCCGUGCGGCGUCACGGGCUUCAAGAUGGUCGUGCUGCUAUCGGCGCCGCUGCUCCACUGCCUGAUCAACGCGAUCAUCGAGGACCUGAACGGGGCGACGCGGCACCACGCCACCAGCUGCUUCCUGGGCACGUGUCUGGACCUGCUGGACGGCUUCACCCUGGUGGAGAUGCUGCUGAAGGGCGAGAUCCCCACGCCGUACCUGAAGUACACCGUCAUCGCGGUGUACUUCGUGGCGCUGGGCGUCCCGGUGCUGUGGCUGUACGAGCUGACCGCCUCGGAGAUGCGGUGCCGCUGGGUGUGGGCGCGGUUUCUGGGCGGCGUGGUGGUCAACGCGCCCUUGCUGGUGGUGCGGUGUUUUCAGGUGUACGUGUACAACAUGCCCGUGUCCGUGUUUAUGUUUAAGAACGUGUUUUUGCUCGCGUGCAAGUGUCUGGAGCUCGUGGAGCAGUGUCUCGCGGUGAGGGGCGCGAGGAGGUUUGCCAACGCGGGGAACACGGCUCAGUUUUCCCACGGUGUUUCUGAAAACGACAUGUGCCCGCACGGCUAUGUUAACACGCUGGCCGUCACCACACAAUCGUAAAAGUGAGACUUCUGCCUUUUUUUGUGAAGAAUAUCGUCGAAGGGGGGGGGGGGGGGGAGAGAUUAUGAUGGCACUGUCAUUUAUUUCAGACCAAAACAAAAAGGUGCUAUAAAGUUCCCGCGUAGUUUUCAGACAGGAACACGUGCAAUAGAAGACAUGUUUGGACAAUUUCAAGUUGGGUAAAGUCUGUCGUCAAAACGUCGUUGAUGUGCACUUGUACUGAAAGGCACUUUAACCGUGAACCGUGUUGGUGUGCAAUGUUGGAUAUACUAACUAUUUAAAUGAUAUAUAUACACAGAUAUUGCUCUGAAUUAGGCUGUCUUAUGGUGUAUAUUUCUGCUCGUCUGCUGGUUUGUGGUGACUUUUACAAUGUAUCCCAAUCUCGCAAACGGAAGGCACUUGUGUUGACAUCCACAAAACAUCCAAAUGGGCAUGAGGCCAUUGUUGAUUCACACAGGCCUACUUCUUUAUUAUCUCGCCACUAGGUCAUCAUAAAAGGUACAAUCUGGAUAGAUUGGUUUAUGUAUGUUUAGUUUGUUGUGAUAUGAUUGUAGGCUACUACUACU